AUGGCUUUUAAAUUCAAUUGGCCAGAUUUUACCACGGAAUUUGUUGAACAAGCAAAAAAUCUUUUAACGACAGCUCUUAACAAGAGUAAUAAACCUGCGAAUAUCGUAGAUCAUAUAGUUGUCAAAGACUUGAAUAUGGGAACAAAGCCACCAGAGUUGGAAAUCAUGGAAAUUGGAGAAUUAGCAGUUGAUAAAUUUAGAGGAAUUUUUAAAUUAAUUUAUACUGGAGAUGCACAUUUGACUUUACAAACAAAAAAAGUUGAUGUCACUUCAACUUUUGAUAGUAUUUCUAGACCUCAAUGUAUGUUUUCAGGAAAUACACCAUAUGAUACAAUGUCAAUGCCAGAUCUUCGAUAUCAUACACCACUUUUAACACCCAAUUCCGAAAUUUCAAGAGAUCUUGAUUCGUUAGAUGGAUAUCCGGGAUAUUCAACGUAUUCAACGUAUUCAGCAUAUUCCAAUUUUUGUGAUUUAUUUGAACGAAAGAAAGAAGAAGGAUUAAAAGCAAUAUCUUCACCAAAGAAAGAUCACAAAGAUCAUCACAUGGAUGGUAAUCGACCACGAAUAUUUCAUCGUCAACAACCUCAUAGAAGAGGUUCAUUACCUACUUGGUUACCUUCUUCUCAACAAGAACAACAUUAUUCUCAAUUAAGAAAUUCUUUAAGACAAAUAUUUUUACAACCUUCCGAAACAUCCGUAGCGGCUCAACUUGCUACAUUAAUGAAUUCCAAUCAUACCAUAUCACCUUAUACUCGUACAUUACAACAUUUAACUUUUAGAUCUUACCCUCAUCCCACCAAUAAGACUACGACCAAUAAACGUAAAUCCCCGGGUAAAGUUACUGUCAAAAGAAAUAUAUUAAAAUUUCCUGGUUUGACGAUUGGAUUUGGACAUUGUGGAAAUAAUAAUAUGAAUCAAAAUAAUAAUAUUAUUAAUCAGAAUUAUAAUCAAAUGAAUAAUAUUAUUAUUAAUAAGAAUUGUAAUAAAAAUAAUAACAAUAACAAUAAUAACAAUAAUAACAAUAAUGAUAAUAGUAGUAAUAAUAACAAUAAUAACAAUAACAAGAAUAAUAACAAUAAUAACAAUAACAAGAAUAAUAACAAGAAUAAUGAUAAAUAA